CCCACGUUGUGUGUGUCUCCCCAGCUCGGCGGGCAUCCACUCGCCCGUAGCCAGCCAGCCAUACCGCUCCGCGGGCGGCAGGUAAAGGGCAGAAAGGCAGCAGCACCAUGGCGGGGCUGGCAGAACCCACUGGCAGCAGAGUGUGCGGUGUGCUGGGCAAAGCCCUCUGCUGCACGGAGCCCGCCCCGGUGCUGGAGCUUGGAGGCGGCUGCAGCCGGGCGAUGGCCGAAGUGCGGGUGCUGGUGAUCAACACUGGAGGGACCAUCGGGAUGGUGCCGCAGUCCGAGGGUCUUGCUCCAGAGGCCAACAAGUUAGCAGGGGCCCUGAAGAAGAUCCCAAUUCUUCAUGAUUCUGCAUAUGCCGCUAAAAUGCAUAUCCGGCUUGGCACUGACACCUUGGUGCUUCCGCAUUCCAACCAACAGAGCCAAAAUAAAACAAUCAUCUAUACAAUCUUGGAACUUUCUCCACUUCUUGAUUCUUCAAAUAUGACACCAGCUGACUGGAGAAAAAUUGCCAAGCAGCUCGAGGAAAACUAUGAAAAGUAUGAUGGGUUUGUGAUCCUUCAUGGCACAGAUACAAUGGCCUAUACAGCCUCAGCAUUGUCCUUCAUGUGUGAGAACCUGGGGAAAACCAUUGUUCUGACAGGAUCUCAGGUGCCUAUAUAUGAACUGAGGAAUGAUGGCCGAGCCAACCUGCUGGGGGCGCUGCUGAUCGCUGGACAAUUUGUAAUUCCCGAGGUGUGCCUGUACUUUCAUAAUAAACUGUACAGGGGAAACCGGGUGACUAAAGUGGAUGCAGAGAGUUUCAAUGCCUUUUCCUCACCUAACCUGCCUCCACUUGCAAAUGCUGAGAUUGAUAUUACAAUUAACUGGGAGACUGUUUGGAGAGCCAGCAACACCAAAAAAUUUGAGAUCCACACCAACAUGAACAGCAACGUUGGGCUACUGCGAAUCUUCCCGGGGAUCACAGCUGCCGCGGUGAAGGCAUUUCUUCAGAGCCCAAUGGAGGGAAUUGUACUUGAGACCUAUGGCAGUGGAAACGCCCCCAAUAACCGCCCGGAUUUGCUAGAUGAGCUGAAGAAAGCAACGGAUCGUGAUGUGGUGAUUCUGAAUUGCACUCAGUGUCUGCGAGGAACUGUUUCAUCAUUAUAUGCCACAGGAAAGGCACUUAAGGAUAUGGGAGUGGUUGCAGGGGCAGAUAUGACACCAGAAGCAGCCCUUGCCAAGCUGUCCUAUGUCCUGGGCAAAUCCGAACUUACGCUGGAUGAGAAGAAAAAGAUGCUGAGUGAGAAUCUGAGAGGAGAGAUGACUUCUAUGCCUGUAGGAGCAAAGAUCACCCUCAAAGACAGCAGGUUUAUUCAAGAGAUUGCCAGAUAUCUGCAUGUUAGCUGCAAGGAGGAGCUAGCGGCUGUUAGGGAUGCUUUGACUCCUUCUCUGGCAUGUGCGGCUGCAAAAACCGGUGACUUGGAUGCCCUAAAAGCCUUGCAGAACAUGGGUGGAAACCUAAGCUCUGGGGAUUUUGAUGGCCGCACGCCACUGCAUGUCGCGUCUUGUGAGGGCAAUUUGGAAGUAGUUGAAUACCUACUGAAGACUGGUGCGACUGUGUAUGCAAAAGACCGGUUUGGAGCUACUCCGCUGAUGAAUGCUAUCCAGUUCAGGCAACUGGAUGUGAUUUAUUUGCUCCGCACAACUGGGGCUCACCUUUCUAACCAAGAGCUUAUGAAUGCUGGAACAGAACUCUGCAGUCUUGCUUUUAAUGGAGAUAUUGAUGGGCUGAAGGCCUGGCAUCUGGCUGGUGUGGACCUGAAUCAGUGUGGUUAUGAUGGGGAAACUCCACAUAAUGUGGUCAAGGCAGCAGGACAUGUAGAAGUCAUAGAAUUUUUAAGUCAACUGAUGUCUUAAUCUGAGAAUUCCUCUCCAGCUACAAAAGAAAUGGACAGAUGGGAAUGCAAGCAACGCUGAACAAUCCUAAAGAAAAUGACCUAAUGCUUGCUCUUUCUAGAAUUGACUUUGUAAAGGGAUUUAUUUCCUAUGCUUGAUAUAUUUACCCGCAUUCUUUUAAAGGAAAAUUGUAUACCACUAAUAUAUAGGGCACAAUACAUCAAUCUUUGCUCCUACAUUAGCUCAUUGAAAUGAAUGAUGUUUUUGAGGAGGAGGAUGUAAUGAUGGAACAAUAUAGGAACAUAAGAAUUUGCCUUAUAGCCAGAUAUUGUCUCCCCUGACUGUAGCGGUAUUCUAGGGUGCCAGGCAUGGGUUAUUACCAGCCAAGCUACCUGAGAUUAUUUUAAGGGGAGAUGCAACCUGGGACCUUCUGCAUUCAAAGCUUGUGCUCCUCCACUGAGUAGGGCUCAUUCCUGUAGCUCAGUGAUAGAUGUUUCAGGGUGAUGUAAUUUAAUAAAGAUAAGACUACUUUAUAGAUGAGGAACACAGUUGUAUGUCCCAUUCGUUAUGUGCUGUACACAUGUGGUUAGUUCUACAUGUUCAUUUGAUCUGUUACUUUUAUAAAUUAUUUCUAGAUUGGAGCAACAGAAACUUUUAAAAUGGAAACCUAGAAUACAAACAUUGACAAGUUGAGCAUUUUAUCUUUUAUCUUAAACAAAAAGGCACUUGAGAGCAUAUUUGAAAGUUACAUGUUUCUAAUUAACCAUGAAUUGGAUUGGAAAUUUGGUAGCAAAGCUUCCAACAAAUUUGACUAACAGGAAAUUCAAGAUAAACUUAGAGAGUCUAACUUAUAGGAAAAUAAAUGGUGGCUACGCCAAUGAAAGAAAAUGAAUUUCAGCAGGAUUUGUAAAGUCUGAGUGGUUUUACCUAAAUUAAAAUUUAAGGUUUUUUCAAAUAAUCCUGCUCAGGAAAAAUAGCAAUAGGAGCUUUGACAAUAGCUUAACAAAUUUUGAUAAAAAUUAGUGUUAUUUCUCAGGAUGGCUCUGUGGCAUCUUUGUUUCUCAUGCCACUGUUAGCAAAGAACUUGUUUGCAAACAAAUCAUAGUUGAAUUAUGUCGCAAAAAGUGCAUUUACUGUGGAAAUCGUCGUGAUUUUCUUUGCUAUACUUUUCAAUAAAAUCUCUGAAAAUAUGA